UUCCGACCGCUGCACUACAUUGAAAAACCGAUUGCAUGGGAAUCCCUCUUAUGCCAAUAUACACACAUCGACACGUAUAGAAACGGAGAGGAAGGAAGGAAGAAAGAACGUGCCAUUUAUAUAUAUAAUAUAUAUUCACAAGACGUCUUUUGGGUUUUUCUAGGUAAUAUAACCACGGUCGGCGAGUAGGCUAUGCGAUUGUGUAUACUGUAACCAUAUUGGGUCACUGACACAUAUACUGUCGUUCGUGUGGACUUAAGAAAACGAAGAAAAAGAAGAGACGACACUGAUACGAAGAGGGAGGAAAUUGGCACAAACGUGUGUGGCAGGGAACAGAGUGCAAGAGAGGUGUUGCCAGCCGGUGCUCAAUCCGCAUUGAUUGUAACGCUUUGAGGAGGAAAAAGACGAAUAAUAAGAAGGAUAGAACACACUGACAGGGAUAUAGGUAGAGGGAAGAGACAGCAGGGAUUGACAAAGAUUGAACGCAAUACAGGAGGGAGGAAAGAGGUGUAUUCGAAAUUGAAAAAAAAAUGUGCUAGUAUUUUGAGGCGAGACACCGCCGCCACUGGGUGAGAGAGGGAGAGAGAGAGAGAAAAUUAGGCAUCCAGCUAAUAGACAAGCUCAGUGCUGUGAUUAAUACGUUACACGAACAAUAAUAACAACAAUAUCAAGCAUCCAAAAUAAGUAAUUACAUCAAGCCUAUUAAGUAUUUUAAUUAUCUCGAAAACAGACGCCUCCUACUGAAAACCGAAGAGAAAUCGGAAAAUAUUGUCCUUUCGAUUAUUCAAACCAAAAAUCAACGUUUUGUUUGCGUUUGUGUGUUGAUGUGCGUGUGUUUGCAUACACGCACACUGUACACAGACACGAACCGAUCCCGACCCAAAGCAAACUCCUCCUUUCCCCCUCCUUCCUCCAUUCUCUCUCUCCUCCUCUCCCGCCCCCCGGUCCCCUAUGCUCAGUUCGGUGUGUGUCUCCUCUUUCAAAGGGCGCAAGGGUGGGAACAAGUCGUCCAACAAAGCAUGUUACAGCGCAGACAUGACUUGUCCGCCAGAAAGCGAAAAAAUAGUGAUAAACUGCGGGGGGGUUCGACACGAAACGUACCGCAGUACCCUAAAGACGUUGCCCGGUACCCGCUUAUCGUGGCUCACCGAGCCGGAUGCGUUUAGCAACUUCGAUUACGACCCCAAGACCGACGAAUUCUUCUUCGAUCGCCACCCGUCCGUCUUCUCUUUCAUCCUUAACUACUACCGGACCGGAAAGUUGCACUGUCCUAAUGAUGUAUGCGGUCCACUGUUUGAAGAGGAGUUGGCGUUUUGGGGCAUCGAUGAGACAGACGUGGAGGCGUGUUGCUGGAUGAAUUACCGACAACACAGGGACGCGGAGGAGGCGCUGGACAGCUUUGAGACCCCCGAACCCGACCCUCCCGAAGACGACCCGGCAUUAACGGGAGGAGCGGACGGGGACCUGAAGAGACUGUGUCUGCAGGAGGACGGGAGGAAAGUCGGUUGGUGGCGCGUAUGGCAGCCCAAAAUUUGGGCGCUUUUUGAGGAUCCCUAUUCAUCUAAAUAUGCCCGGUAUGUGGCAUUCGGCUCACUCCUGUUUAUCCUAAUCUCCAUAUCCACCUUCUGCCUGGAGACGCAUGAGGCCUUCAACACCCUGUACAACAAGACAGAGAACGUAACAGUGGGCAAUAUCACGCGGGAGGAGGUCGUCUUUGAGAUGGUCACUGACAGCUGGCUCACCUACGUGGAGGGAGUGUGCGUCAUCUGGUUCACCAUCGAGGUGCUGCUCCGCGUCAUCUUCUGCCCCGACAAGAUUGAGUUCUUCAAGAGCACCCUCAACAUCAUCGACUUUGUGGCCAUCCUGCCCUUCUACCUGGAGGUGGGGCUGAGCGGCCUGUCCUCCAAGGCAGCCAAGGACGUACUGGGUUUCCUACGGGUGGUGCGCUUCGUCCGAAUCCUCCGAAUUUUCAAGUUGACCCGCCACUUUGUGGGCCUGCGGGUCCUGGGCCACACCCUGAGAGCCAGCACCAAUGAGUUCCUCCUCCUCAUCAUCUUUCUGGCCUUGGGGGUCUUGAUCUUCGCCACCAUGAUCUAUUAUGCCGAGAGGAUCGGCGCUGACCCAGGCGACCCCUCUUCCAGCGACCACACUAUGUUCAAGAACAUCCCCAUCGGGUUCUGGUGGGCUGUGGUGACCAUGACGACGCUGGGCUACGGGGACAUGUACCCGGUAACGUGGUCGGGGAUGUUGGUUGGCGCACUGUGCGCUUUGGCUGGUGUGUUGACCAUUGCCAUGCCUGUCCCUGUCAUCGUCAACAAUUUUGGGAUGUACUACUCCCUGGCCAUGGCCAAACAGAAGCUGCCCAAAAAGAAGAACAAGCAUAUCCCCCGGGCGCCCCAACCUGGCUCACCCAAUUACUGCAAACCCGAUGCCCUGGCAAUGGCCACUGCCUCACCCCAGAGAAUCUUGGGAAAUGUGCUGGGUGGGGUGGUAGGGUCAGGAGGUGUAGGAGGGGACUGUCCCCUGGCACAAGAGGAGAUUAUUGAAAUCAACAGAGACACCAAGCAGAACGGAGAUGCCGCCAACGCCGCGCUGGCCAAUGAGGACUGCCCGACGAUCGAUCAGGUGCUGAGCCCAGAGGAGAAGAGCCCAGCGGUGGGAGGGGGCGGAGUGGGCCGGGAGCGCUAUCAGCACGACCGAGCCUGCUUCCUGCUUAGCGCCGGCGAAUUCAGGGCCACAGAUGGGAAUGUGAGGAAAGUGUUGAGUUUCUAAAGACAUCCUUCUCUUUAAAGAAGAAAGCAUACUGAGUCAAUUGAUGGUGAAUUCACGGAUGGAGCCACAUUACCCAGAUGUGAGAUGCUGACAGAGAGAGCAAUGUGAGGAUGGCGAAAGAGGGACUUGGAAAAAAAGGAAAUGUGAGGCCACAACUUCACAUUGUAACCAAAGCAACCUCAUGGGACUUCUGCCACUCCAGAUUCUGUUGAUUUACUGAGUGACAUGCUAACGACCUGAAAGAGUGAGCACUGACACUCAAAUACCAACGGACUCCCAAAUGCACUGUAACUCUGGCUGGCUGAUGCUCACUAUCAUCAACUGACUGCUGCACUGAUUCACUGAGCAACUAACCGAUACACAAACGCAUCAACUGACCAAGUGACUAAAGCCCCAUGACCGAACAUGUAGCAUCUCUGCUGACAUACUGUAGCAUUUGUUGGCUGGGAACAGACUGACUGAUCCCCUUCUGAUUGACAGGAUGCAUAGACUGACGUGAAACAACUCAACGAUGCAUGUGUGUCUUAUCCCUGUUCCGUCCUCUCCUUAAACCUAUUUGCACGAGAGACUUUAGAGUCAACCCUUGCCAUGACAGUUGACAGUGAAUAUUUAUUUUUUUCAAGCAAAUUGACAGUAUCGGUUGGGGAGUUAAAAGAAAAAAAAGAAAAAAAAAAGGGGGAAUGGUACAGAGUGUUAGAGAGAGGGAGAUAUGGAAAACGCACCGAGAGAAUUAUUUAGCUCUACCACUUGCUUCUAUACUCAAAGAUUCCAUUGGGAUUUGACCCUCCCCUCCGUCCAUGUUCAGUCAUCACAGCGCAUCAACACAGCCUCGCUUUGUUUUUACAUUAAGCUGUGGAACCCCCUGGGACACUUCACAGAAACUUCCCAGAUGGAUUCCUAUAUGGCAGAGCACUUUUAUACUAAAUUCAGAUGGGGAACUAACACUGGCAUUACAUAUUGUUAAAGGAAACAAUGUGACUACGCUUUGGUCAAAGUAGCAUUAACCACAGGAAAAUGAAUUGACAUCAAAACUGACUUCAGUUGCCCAUUGGAUUCUAUGCAAGCCAGCGCCCAUCAUUGUCACGCAAUCAUAGUGACCCGGUUCACUCCUUCACUCCUCACUCCACCUUACCUAUCAUGCUUCUUUCCACUGCCUCACUCCGCACCCCAUGUCCUUCAGUGAACCAGGACUCCAACUGAAAGGACUUUUAACAUCCAAGCACCCUGGCAUUUUUUGCACCACUGUAUUUUUAAGCUCUGUUCCUUCCAUGACACCCCUCUCUGCAUUUAAACCAAUCAAAGAACAACACCAAGUAAAAACAGUCUCAGAAUGAUCAAUUUCAUUCAGACUGAAAAGGCUCCACAGUGCACCAAGGAAGCACAAGGGGAAUGCAGUAUGCUGGUUGUUAUUAUAAGCAAUGAUAAGCAAUGAUAGCAAAUUCAAUGUUACAAUGCAGUGCUUGGGAAUUUUGGACUGAACCCAAAGAGUGGUGGGUGUUUGAACCUUGCUGUCCCAACUGUACCAAAGCUGUCAGUAUGGUUUUGGAAAGAGUCAGGCUAUGGUCAAGGUGAUGGGGAAUGGGAUUGCCAUGUCAUUUUAAGUUUAUUUUUAUACCCUAGAAUUCACAAAUGCAUAAUGUUAGAGAUGAAAUUGUCAUGGUAACAUUUCCCACACCAUUACCAGUCUUCCAUUAGUUACCAUUAUUUUUUAUACAGGCAAAGAUUAACUUGAGUUUGAUCUAAUAUAAUGAUAUACUAUAACCCAUUAACCCUGAUGCAGCCCCUGCACUGUGAAUUCAUGCUGGGCUUGACUGCACAUUGAAGAAGAGACCCUGAACCUGGAUUGAGUCUCAGUUGACUUAUAUAACAUCCGACCAAAGUGUUGCACCUGCAAGUGUGUGUGGGGACCAGAUGAAAGAGCCAACAUAUAAUACGUAUUCAGUUCAAACCAGACUGUUUUGGGGAGCUGCUAUGAAAAAUAAUGAUGGCCUCAUCUUAGCCAACCUACCAUCUGCAAAUGGACCAAAAGAAAUUGUCUGCAAAAUCACUGAAGCCUCUUACAUCCCAAUGACUCUGUCUCAUUUAUCCUGCCUCACCAUGGAACCAACUGAACACAGACCAGGACAAACUACCCAUGGAGCUACUUAAAAUGAUCAAUGAGUCAAUCUCCUUAAAUGCAAAAGGAACAAAAACACCUUCAUUUUUGCACACAAGCACAGCAAUGGCUCUGAACAUGGCAUAGCAGCCCUAAACUUUGAAGUCAGCUGUGUGAUCAUCAGUUUAACUGGUCAACUGUUUAAUUGUUUUGCCAAUUGAAGACAACUACAAUUACAGCUCUCUUAAUAAUCUGUCUUAAAUCUACCCACAGCCAAUGUACACAAGCACCAAAGGGCUCCAGUUUAGCAGCAAUUCAUCCAUCCAUAUAUAAUUGAACUAUAACAUCAGUUAAGCCUGUCCUGCAUGGCAGAUUAUCAAAUCAACUAUACACACAUAAGCCCAGGAUGUUAAGAGUGUGCCAGCAUUUCACUAAACUCUCAUCUGUAUUUGUUCAUUCGUUUUAACUUUAUUUUGCUGUGCAACGGGUGAAGCAAAAAUUGCCCUCAGUGUAAAACUUGACCACACAUACUAUCAAACAAAUCAGGAAUUUGCACCGUCUCCAAUACAUCUGACUUCUGUUUUUUAACACCUGCUUAACUAAAAGAACUGAGGGAGAAUGGAUGUUUUAUUCAUCUACAGUGAGUUAUAUGGAACAUUUAUGUAUGAUAGGCUCAUAUAGUACUGGUAUACUGACACUGGUCACUGACAGAGAGAUCCACACACUACUCUGACUGAGCAUGAGCGUGCAUUGACCUUGACAAAGAGAGACAGGGAUUGGGCCCUAGAGACCAGGCCCACUCUCUCCCACUAAAAGCACUGAGGGCGUCUCUGAAGAAACACACACUUUAGGAAGACACUCUACGUCAUAUCAGAUAAAUUCAGGUUGUGAGAACACCUCUGUGCUGCUGCUUCUGUGAGGAAUAAAAGGCAGAGACAAAACGGCGCAGAUGGACACGCCACUCUCCCUCUCUCUCCUUCUCUCCCAUUCACCGCUUCACCAUUUGACCUCUGUACAGCUUUGCAUGGCAUGAGAGAAAAAGAUGAAGAGAGAACGAGCCGGAGAAAUGGAAUGAGGGGGAGAAGACUUCGCAAAUGCUAAGAGAACAUGCAGCAGCAUCAGAAAUGGAUUAAUGUGGGUAUUACCAUGGCAUUCCCAUGGCUUCAGAAAAGAAAGACAAAUGGUAGAUGGUCAGACUAUGUCUCUAUCCUGGCUACUGAAAGCAUUCAAAAGGAGGAGAUAUAGCAGAAGAGAGCAUAAUGGAAUCAAACACCACAGAGGUAGCGAACUUUGGUGCACAGCUGUCUUCUACGUCCAAGGAGAUGGCAUGAGAAAGAGAGAUAUUCUGGGCUGGAAAAUAAAGAGGGAUAAAUGGCACUGAAACUCUGAAAAGACAUAACGAGAGGAAAGGAUGAACAAUUUGAUAUACAAAAAUAAAUGAAAAAAGAGAAAAUGCAUUUUUUUUUACUUUGUUUACCAGCAUGACUACUCUGCAUGACUUUACUUCUGCAAGCCCUUACCUGAAGAUGAAGGGGCCAGGAAUUAAAAAAAAAAAACAAAAUUAAAAAGAAAAAAAUUUAUGUUAUAUGCAACAAAACUGGAAGGGGGGAAAUGAGCUAUAUUUUGUUUUUAAAUAAUGAAAAGAUGAAUUAAUAAAAAUACAGGAUUGCAAGAUAUACAUCAAACUAUGUUUUAUUAGACAUCUGAUACAAUCCCACAAAAUCUACUGAAAUGAACCUCUCCUGCUACUUCUACCACAACUACCACUCUGAUUUCUAUUUCUCUCACAGUUCUAUGGUCACAAGCAGCUACUCACCUGCUACUUCUGCUGUCAGUCCCCAACCCCUGCCCCCGAUAGAUGUAAACAUUAUUAUGGCAUUGUUCAUAAAUUUAUAUACGGUCAUUGUCAUUGUAAUAUGUUGUUAUGAAUUACGUAGGAUUAUUUCAACUGUUCAGUAUAAUCUAUCAGAUUGUUGCCCCAAGAGCAUUCAAAUAAGGGCAGCAAUGAUUUCAGUGCUGAAAUAGGUCCCCUCCAAUUAUUGCUGUACAUGUUUUUCUGCAUUUGCAAAAAUGACCUGAGAUAUUAUCAUAAAAGGGCAAGUUGUUCACAACAGGCGUUCUUGGAAGGAUCACAUCUGGGCCUGAUCUUGGGAAUGCAGCCUGUUCACAUUUCUCCCCUGGUGUAGAUAACAUAUUGCAGUGGUCUUAGUUGUCUAUUUAAGGGCUGUAUCUGAUAAUUACAAUGUUUUGCAGUUGCUAUUAUUACUUUUGCCUGGAGCAAAG